AAAUUUCACACCACGUGACGUGGGCGGGAAGAAGAGGAGCGCAUAAACUCGGCCGCUCCUCCUGGUCCAUUCACAGCCGCGCUCUGGAUUACUCCACCUCUGCAGAGAAGCUCCACCGUCCGGAGACGCCGUCUGAACGCGGGGCCGCUGCGCGUAAAGGAUGAAAAUGUCCGCGGCGGAGAUCAGCCAGGUCCUCAAGGAGGGAGAGCUGGAGAAGAGGAGCGACAGCCUGCUCCAGUUCUGGAAGAGGAAGACGUGCGUCCUGACCACGGACAGCCUCAACAUCUACGCCGACACGCAGAAGCGAUCCAAGGGCAAGGAGCUGAAGCUGCAGUCCAUCAAGAAGGUGGACUGCGUGGAGCGCACCGGCAAGUUCAUCUACUUCACCAUCGUCACCACAGACAACAAAGAGAUCGACUUCCGGUGCUCCGGGGAGGAGAACUGCUGGAACGCCGUGAUCACCAUGGCCCUGAUCGACUACAAGAACAAGAAGGCCAUUCAGGACUUUAAAACGCGCCAGGACACCGAGAGCGCGUCGCCCGGUCAGCAGGAGAGGCGCAUGGCGCGAGCGCCUUGAGCCGCGAGCGAGCGCGCGGGCGGGCGGUCAGCCGCUCCUAAUAUGCAACACUGUGGACCACGGGUUACCCGGACCAAAGGGAGGACGAGGUCAUCCGGUCCAGAGAUGAAGGACUGUUGGACUGAAACCCCGGAGAACCGGAGGAAACGGACGUCCAGGAGCUCCAAACGGACUGAACUCCAGCUGCCGACGUGAUUUCAUGUUAGCUCUCUGGGGACAAAUAACUUCUCCAAUCAUGAUGGGAGUUAUGGUUUUACUGCAAACACUUUCUACUUUAAAUUAUUGACUAUUUGUAUUUAUUUAAAUAAAUAUCCAGCUUUUUAACAA